AUGAAUAGGGUAUGCCAAUCUAACAAGUGCCGAGUUUAUGUUGGUAAUUUAUCCUGGAAAGUAAGAUGGCAGGAUCUAAAAGACCACAUGAAACAAGUAGGAGAAGUUAUAAGAGCCGAUAUUAUAGAAGAUUAUGAGGGAAAAUCCAAAGGCUGUGGAAUUGUUGAAUUUGCCGACGAAGAAUCAGCAUCCAGAGCCAUUGCUGAAUUAAAUGAUACUUUAAUUCUCGUGUUAAUGGUUGUGUUAGAUCGUCAAAUAUUUGUUCGUGAAGAUAGAGAGAACUAUAACACAACUCGUGGAUAUGGCCGAUUUUUAAGAUUAAGGCCACGAAUGGAUUCACAUUCGGGUUAUUCUGCUAGAUCAAGUGGUAGGGGUGGAACUAGUGUUAUCGUUACAAAUUUACAAUGGAGAACAAGUUGGAAAGAACUGAAAGAUCUUUUCAAAAAUUGUGGACUAGUUAUUAGAGCUGAUGUAUUAACACAUGAAGAUGGAAGAUCGAAAGGAGUGGGGAAAGUCGUCUUUGCAAAUGAAUAUAGCGCUCGAAAGGCAAUUACAAUGUAUAAUGAUUACGUCCUCGACGGUAGAAAAAUAGGCAUAAUUAGUUCUAUAUACUGUCUACUAGUCGAGAAGAAAUGGGACCAAAUUCUUCUCAACUGUGAAAACUCAGAUAAUGGCAACAUGGAAUACGUUAAACACCCAUUAGCUGAAUUACCAAACCCCAAAGCUAUCUCAAAUUGUAAUACAAAGUUGGUCGAUUUACCAGAACUUGACAACAACAACGUUGAUGAACACGCCUUCAAACUCUACUGGGCAUAUACCAACACUUGGCUCAACAAGAUGUUCGGGCCAUCACUUCGUAACUCACACAAAUUCGUACAACCUACUAAAAAUUGGUACAUGAACAUGGAACGGGCAUCCCAGUUAUUCUUUUUAAGACUAUCAAAGACGCUUUGCUCUACUUAA